ACUACUAUUCGAACAACAGUUAACGUUCAUUAGUGGACUGGUGCGGAUGUUCGAUAGCGAUCGUGCGCGUUACACUUGCAAUUAAUCUCGACGUUGUCCAUAGUAGAUCACAGACUGGCUUUCUAGCGGUUCUAAAAACAUCAUAAACAAACUAGGUAAUUGUCUCAACUAUAUCUCAUGGGUGGACUAAUGCAUGCAUUGAUGUGCGAUUUGUUUACAACGCAUCUUCGGUGUUUGAUAACGACAAAGCCGUCCACAAGCUGAACUAAAGUGCAGACAGUAGUGAACCAAGUGAUAAGACGAGGUGACUUUGAUGCUCUGUUUGAGCAUAGUCUCAAGUUUGAUAGCUCUUAAUCAAAUCAGUGUUCAGAAGCGUUCAACUUUGAAUGGCCUCACGUAAUCCAGCAACCGCUACAUAUAACCAGUCUUUGUUCGAACCUGCAGCAGAAAGCUUCACCCACCGCACGAGAUGGAUCGCGUUACAGUUCUGGACGGAGGAUUUGCAACUCAGCUGUCGGUUCACGUUGGGAAGCACAUCGACGGCGAUCCACUGUGGAGUGCUCGGUUCAACGCAACCAAUCCGAACGCGGUGUUCAAAACACAUUUGGACUUCUUAGAAGCCGGAGCCGAGUGCAUCAUGACCAACACCUACCAGGCCAGCAUUGAGGGUUACAUGGAGUAUCUGGAUCUCAGCGAAACCGGCAGCCUGCAGUUGAUCAAGGCAACGGUCAAGCUGGCACAGAUGGCCCGUACCAAGUACAUGGCCGAUAACGAAGUGCGUCGGGUUCCGCUGGUGGUGGCUUCGGUUGGUCCCUACGGAGCUCAUUUGCACGACGGUUCGGAGUAUACUGGUGAAUACGCGGACUACGUGACGGUGGAUACGAUUCAGAAGUGGCACCGUGCACGAAUCGAUGCUUGCUUGGAGGCUGGAGUGGAUGUACUGGGAAUCGAGACUAUUCCUUGUAAGAUGGAAGCCGAAGCCAUGCUGGACAUGAUGACAGAGGACUACCCGCACGUACGGUUCUGGAUAUCGUUCCAGUGUAAGGACAACGCUCACAUCGCUCAUGGUGAAAAUUUUGCCGACACUGUCAGCAACCUGUGGAACAAAGCCAAACUAUUCGGUAAUGAAAACCUAGUGGCCAUCGGAGUCAACUGUGUCCAUCCGCAGUUCGUCACCCCGUUGUUCCGCGCGGUGAACGAAAAGCGUCCCACCAAGGAACGGAUCCCGUUGAUCGUGUAUCCCAACUCGGGCGAAGUCUACAGCGUUGAAACGGGCUGGCAAGGCAAAGAGGAUUGCGUACCUCUGGAACAUUAUGUACCUCAGUGGGUCGAGCUUGGAGCACGCUACAUCGGAGGAUGCUGCCGCACCUAUGCACGUGAUAUCGAACGAAUUAAGCUGGCGGUGAACUCCCUCUAACUGUGAUACUAAGCGCCAAAAUAGAGAUUUUUUUUUUAAGUGUUGCUUAUCUGUGACAAUGCAAUGUAGGAAUUUAAUUCAUCAUAUUUUCGAUUAGUCUUAAGCACGAAUUAACUCGAGAUUAUUUUUACGUUUGUGACGAUUUCUGUUAGUUUUAUUUCAAAUAUAUUUUUUUCUGAACGUU